UCUAACUACCACCAUAGUCACUUGCACGCGGCAAACCAGGAACAUGUCGAAAUGUCUCUGCGCCAACAUUGCAAUAUUCCAACUUAUAGAAAAUGUUAAUUGAACCCUGAAGUCACGGGACAUACAGGAAGCAUCAGGAACUCGCGCUUAAAUGGAUUACAACAGCUCUAAAAAGCCAGCAGAUGAGGAUGGAGAGGUGUACGAACAGUUUGCGCUCAUCAGAGCUGGGAUUUUGGGUUUGGUUUUUGCGCUCGCAACAUGUGGUAAUCUUUUCUUCCUAGGCACACUUUGGAAGAAGAGAAAAAGAAACACGAGGACCCAGCUGUUCCUCUCGCACUUGUGUUUGGCAGAUCUGGUGGUCGCCUUUUUCCAAGUCCUACCGCAGUUUCUCAUUGAAAUUACGCACAGGUUCCGAGGCACAGACUUCCUGUGCCGGUGCGUAAAGUACUUGCAGGUGGUUGGGAUGUUCGCCUCCACGUAUAUGAUAGUGGCUAUGACCAUAGAUCGGUACCAUGCGGUUUGUAAGCCGAUGGUUUCCUUCUUAAAGGGUUCAUUUAGGAGAUAUCUCUCCAUAGGCGCAGUGUGGCUGAUCUCUCUCGCCUUCAGCUCUCCCCAGCUAUUCAUCUUCUCUCUCCGGGAGGUGGAAGAGAACCAGUACGACUGCUGGGCGACAUUUAUUGAACCGUGGGGGAGCCGGAUGUACAUCAGCUGGAUCACUCUGUCUGUGUAUGCCCUUCCCGCCGUCAUUUUGCUCUAUUGCCAAAUAAGAAUAUGCACAACAAUCUACUUCAACAUGAAGAGAAAGGCGCUGCAGGCAGGGCGCGCAAGCAGGAAGGGGGUGUCCAACGCGAUGCUGAAGACUGUGGAAAUGACAUUUGUUAUUAUAAUGACAUACACAGUGUGUUGGAGCCCAUUCUUUGUUGUCCAGUUAUGGUCUGCAUGGAGUCCAAGCACUGCGCCUACUCAAGGUCCAGUGUUUGCCAUCAUCAUGUUGCUGGCCAGCCUAAACAGCUGCACCAAUCCUUGGAUAUAUUUUUACUAUAGCUAAAAGGAAAAAAAGGAGAGCUGAACCAAAACAGAACUUUCAUAUCAAGGGGGAUAUGUCACUUGGGAUACAAGCAGAACCUGUUGAGGUCUAGAUGGGUCCUCUGAAUCAGGAUAUCUGACACUCUUAAAUCCCUGUGGAGUUUUUUUUUUUUGAGGACUAAGUGUACAAGCUGAUAUGUAAAAACAAAAAAAAAAUACUUAAGAGGACUGAAAUGUGUUUUAUCAUCACAAUUCGAGCUGGAUUAGUGUCAACAUUGCUGUAUAUGAGUAUUAGAAUUUCUGUCUGCCUCUUACAGUAUUUUGUGAGUUAAUGCUAUGCUAU